AUGUGGCGGAUAAAAUGGGUGGAAGAAUCUGAACUAGAUCGAAUAGCAUGUGCUAUUAAAGCUCUCGGAGAAUACAACCAGACGUUAUUUUCAAACAUUCACAAACUUUUAAAGAUCUUGGCGACACUGCCUAUUUCUACAUGUACUCCUGAGAGGACUUUCUCUUCUCUGAAACACCUCAAAACUUAUUUGAGAAACUCCACAGGCCAGGAAAGACUAAACGAUUUGGGGUCAAUGUCAAUCCACUGCAGAAUUGACAUUGACACCGAGGAGGUGCUUUGUUCGCUGCAAAGAAAGAUAGAAGACUAA